CAGACUUUUCCAUAAUUGUCCCCAGACAGCGCCCCGAGCACUUUCUGGCAGACACGAGGGGAACUCGGGGGUGGCUGUCAGCUCCACGGACUCCGGGCUGUCCCGGAGGGGGAAGAGGGACUGGGACAGCCCCAGGGGCUCGGGGCGGGCGGGGCUCGCCUCGCCGCCUCAGCCCCGCCUCGCUCCCUCGCGGCUGCCGCGUUCGCACCUUCAGGCAGCGGCGUGAGCCGUGGCUGAGGCGGCAGCCGCCCGCCCUGCCCGCUGACAGCGGCCGUCGGCCGCCGGUGCCCGAAGCAGCUCUUCCCCGCUGAGCCGAGCGGAGCCGGCGGCGCGGCUGCGGCGGCAGGCGGGGGAGCGCUCCUCACCGCUCCGCCUCCGACCGCCGCCCGCUGCGGGGAUGUGUGAUUGCCAUGGCGAGGCGGCUCUUCCCGGGGGCCUGGCUGAGGAAGCCGCACUCCGCGCAGGUCCGUCUGUCGUACGUGCGGAUCAAGUAUCUCUUCAUCUCCUGGUUGGUCGUGUUUGUUGGCAGCUGGGUUAUGUAUGUUCAGUACUCCACCUACACAGAACUCUGCAGAGGCCAUGACUGUAGGAAAAUAAUAUGUGAUAAAUACAAGACUGGUGUUAUUGAUGGAUCAGCAUGUAGUAGUCUUUGUGCUAAAGAAACAUUGUAUUUUGGAAAAUGUUUGUCAACAAAGCCCAAUAACCAGAUCUAUUUAGGAAUCUGGGGAAAUCUGCAAAGUGUUAUAAAAUGCCAGAUGGAAGAAGCUGCUCAACUUGAUUUUGGUACUGACCCAGAACCAAGGAAGGAAAUAGUCCUAUUUGAUAAACCAACAAGAGGAACCACUGUUGAGAAAUUCAAAGAAAUGGUAUAUGGUCUUUUUAAAGCAAAACUGGGUGAACAAGGGAAUCUUUCAGAACUGGUUAAUCUCAUCCUGUCUUUUGCUGAUGGAAACAAAGAUGGAAGGGUCUCUUUGCCAGAGGCAAAAUCUGCAUGGGCACUCCUGCAGCUAGAAGAAUUUCUGUUAAUGGUGAUCUUGCAGGAUAAAGAACAUACUCCCAAGCUGAUGGGUUUUUGUGGGGAUCUCUAUGUGACAGAAAGAGUUGAAUAUACCUCUCUCUAUGGAAUCAGCCUUCCAUGGAUUAUAGAACUUCUCAUUCCCUCUGGCUUCAGAAGAAGCAUGGACCAGUGGUUCACGCCAUCAUGGCCAAGAAAGGCAAAAAUAGCUAUAGGGCUUUUAGAAUUUGUGGAAGAUAUUUUCCACGGACCUUAUGGAAACUUUCUUAUGUGUGAUACAAGUGCCAAAAACUUGGGAUAUAACGAAAAAUAUGAUUUGAAAAUGAUGGACAUGAGAAAAAUAGUGCCAGAAAUUAAUUUGAAGGAAAUAAUUAAAGAUCGCCAGUGCGACUCAGAUUUGGACUGCAUUUAUGGUACAGACUGUAGAACGUUAUGUGACCAAAGCAAAAUGAGAUGUACCACUGAAGUAAUUCAGCCAAACUUAGCAAAAGCCUGUCAGCUCCUCAAAGACUAUCUGCUUCGUGGUGCUCCUUCUGAUAUCCAUGAAGAACUAGAGAAACAGCUGUACUUGUGCAUUGCCCUUAAAGUCACAGCAAAUCAGAUGGAAAUGGAGCAUUCUUUAAUACUCAAUAACUUAAAAACUUUACUGUGGAAGAAAAUUUCUCAUACAAAUGAUUCAUAGCUUCUCCACCAGCAGAAGAGAAUACUGAUGCCUGCCACUAGAGGUGGCCUAAGACAUUUAAUAAAAAUAAUCUGCACCUUUUUAAAAAGAUAUUUCUUUACUCAGAUUUUAUUAAUGGUUCUUUCAGUCCUGCCCUUCAGUCCAUAACUGGGGACAGGGCUUCUCAAAGAAUGAACAUGCCACUGAAUGACCCGGCAGAGGCCAGAAGUCCUUCUGGUGUUCAAUGCUGUGUUACAGAAACAAGAACUCUGCAUGCUUGACUGUUCUGUGCACUUUGUCAGAUCUUGAACAGGAUGAAAGUGUUCACUGUGCCACAUCAGCUGAGGGUACAUCCUCCAUUUUUGUGAAAAACAUUGCUCACUUGUGAAAUACCUGCAGUGGAUUUUUUUCCUAAGGAGUUUUAUGAAGAAUCACCACUACUGCAAGUAAUGUGUCCAAGUCCAAGCUGCUGUUAUGAAUAAAGUGAACUGUGAGAUUGAAGUUUACUAAUACCUUAGCAUGGCAGAAUUUGCACAUUAAAUAAUUUUCAACUGUG